AUGACCGCCGCAGACAAGCCCGUGCCCUACCAUAUGCGAGAUGACUCGGACGUUGAGGACGCGAAUGAAGCUGCCACUGCCGACGACAAGCAGUCGACCAGUCAGAAUGCAAAGGAGAAGCGGCAGAAGGACGUCGCGGAAAUUACAGGCGGGCUGAAGCAGCUGUUCGGAGGCAAGAAGCCACGGUUGGGCAAUGUCGAGGUGGAUCCAAAUAUCGACUAUGCGGACUGGACGAAGGAGGGACCUACCCUCACUUCCCGCGCCAAGAUGGAGGCGGACGGGAUGAUCAAUAUCUGGGUAGACCUCAAGAAGGCCCUUCCUGAUCUACCCAAAGACUACGCUCGGCCAGUCAAGGAAUGGGCGGUGGAUCCAGUGGGAGCGAAGGAUUGUCCGCCUAUGAACAUUGUCAUCUUCAUUGUCGGAUCAAGAGGGGACGUCCAGCCAUACCUCUCCCUCGCGCUCCGGCUCAUCAUCUCCCAUGCGCACCGAAUCCGAAUAGCCACCCACCCCGACUUCAAGGACUUUGUUCUUUCCGCCAAUAAGCGGCUCAAGGGGAAGAAGACGAGGGGUAUCGACCUGGAGGGGAGGCUGGAGUACUAUGAUGUCGGUGGGGACCCGAAGGAGCUCAUGGCGUACAUGGUGAAGAACCCCGGCCUCCUUCCCGCCUGGGAGACAAUCAAGUCCGGCGAGAUCGGCAAGAAGCGCGAGAUGACCCAGAACCUCCUCCAGGGGUUCUAUCACUCGUGCUUUGAGCCAGACGGACCAACGGGCAAGGCAUUCGGCGCAGACGCGAUCAUCAGUAACCCGCCUGCAUUCGCGCAUGUCCAUGUGGCGGAAGCUUUGGGCUUGCCGCUGUUGAUGAGCUUCACCAUGCCCUGGACAUCAACAACGGCGUUCAAGCACCCACUUGUCAAUAUCGCGUCGUCUAACGCUCAGGCGGGACUGACCAACUACUUCAGUUACGGUAUGGCCGAGAUGCUCCAAUGGCAAGGUCUCGGGGACGUCAUCAACCACUUCCGGACCGCUACGCUCGGUAUUGAACCCCUCAUCUCCCGUCAUGGCGCCGGAGCGGUCGAGCGGCUCAAGGUGCCCUGGACGUACUGCUGGAGUGAGGGACUCAUCGAGAAGCCUGAAGAUUGGAAAGAGCAUAUCGACAUCUCCGGAUUCUACUUCUACGAGGCCGACUCUGACUUCGAACCCGAUGCGGACCUAUCGGCGUUCCUCGAAGCUGGCGAGCCGCCAAUCUAUGUCGGAUUCGGUUCGGUCGUCGUGGAGGACGCUGCGGCGAUGACGAAGACUAUCUUUGACGCGGUAGAGAAGGCAGGCGCGAGGGCUUUGGUCAGCGCCGGCUGGGGCGGGUUGGGCGGAGCCGAUAUCCCGGAGAGCGUCUUCAUUUUGAAGGGAAACAUCCCGCACGACUGGCUCUUCGCCGACGGCCGAGUCUCCGCAGUUUGUCACCACGGUGGAGCGGGUACAACCGCUAUCGGACUACGAAACGGGCUACCGACCAUUGUGGUCCCUUUCUUUGGUGAUCAGAAGUUCUGGGGAGAUAUGAUCCACCGCGCCAAUGCCGGACCCGCACCCAUCCCCCAAAAGAAGCUGAACCCCGACAAUCUCGCCGAGGCCAUCAAGGUCGCGCUUAGUCCAGAAGCCAAGACGGCAGCCGGGAAGAUGGGGGAGCAAAUCCGGAAAGAGAAGGGAGAGGAGAAGGGGGUGGAGAGUUUCCAUCGGCACUUGCCUUUGAAGAAUAUGAGGUGCGAUAUCGACCCGACCAAAGUGGCGGUGUGGUACUCCGAGGAGCUCUUCUUGAGACUUUCUGGCGAGGCCGCGGGUGUACUGGCCGCCGAGGCCAAGUUGGACUUGCGAAAGCUCAAGCCGUUGCGCGCAAGGGAAUACGCCACUCGUCUCAAGGCUCGCGACCCCAUCUCGGGCGGCUCACUGGCCGUGAUGCACAUUGUGCAAAACCACUAUGCCUCCGUCGCUCAGAUCUUCUAUGAUCCACCCAAGGGGGUUCUCAACACCAUGUUCAGCGUACCGCAGGGUAUCCUCGACCUGGUCAUUGCGAUGUAUGAAGGCUUUGAUGCUCUGCCUAAAGCGAUGGGAUCGGAGAUCCGGCAGAAGGGACCAGUGGACGAUUUCCAGUCUGGGAUGCGGGAGGGCGGGAAGGGGCUGUUCUUUGGGUGGUGGGAUGGGAUUACGGGGCUGGUGACUGAGCCAGUAGCGGGUGGGAAGAAGGAGGGCGCAUUGGGAGUUAUCAAGGGCAUGGGACGGAGCUACGUGAAUGUCACCGCCCGACCCGCUGCGGGGAUCCUCGGCGUAAUGGCCCUUCCCAUCUCUGGCGCCUGGAAGUCCAUCCGCCGCGCCGUCGGCGGCGCACCGACCAAGGCACUCGCGACUGCCCGUCGGGGCAUGAGCGAGGAUAUGGCCUCCAAGGUCUCUCCGGAAGGGAAGAAGGAGAUCCUGGCGAAGUUUAGGGAGUUGGAGAAGGGGACGGCGGAACGAAAGGAGAAGAUGCAGCGGAAGGCCAAGUUGUUCAUGACGGGCGACGAGAAGGCGUUUGAGGAGGAGAUGGGGGAAGAGGGUGGGUUGGGUACGACGAGUAAGGAUGAGGAGGGGGCGGCAGGCAAGGGGAUGGAGGGGAAGCAAGGAGAGAAGGGGGAGAAGGAUAAGGUGAUACAGUCCAACUCGGAGAUGAUGCGCGGGGAGAUCAUGCAAGGGGUGCAGGCGCAGAUCGCGGCGGAGCCGGAGAAGGGGGAUGAGCUGGAGGAGGCUGAGAAGAGGGGAUAUGAACGGGCGCUGGCGGAGUUUAAGAAGCAGCAGCAGGCGGAGGGGCAGGGUAAGUAG